UUCAUCAAAAUAAAACAAAUACACGUGUGGAAACAUCUUCAAAUAAACAAAUAUUAAAAAUUAAUAUAAAACACCGAAAUGAGUGACAGUGAAGCUGAAGAAAAUAAGAAGAUUUCGACGGAACCUGUGGAUAAUGCGUGGACUUUAAAAAUUCCCGAGUUCAAACCUGAGCAUAAUCCAAAUGGCAUGGUUGAGGAAAGCUCCUUUGCUACACUGUUUCCAAAGUAUAGAGAAAAAUAUCUAAAGGAAAUAUGGCCACUUGUAAAGGAAUGUCUUGCGGAACAACAUCUCAAAGCGGAACUUGAUCUUAUGGAGGGCAGCAUGGUAGUGAAAACAACACGCAAAACAUGGGAUCCUUACAUUAUCAUCAAAGCCAGAGACAUGAUAAAACUAAUGGCACGAAGUGUACCCUUUGAACAAGCGCGACGAGUUUUGCAGGAUGAAAUCGGCUGUGACAUCAUAAAAAUUGGUAACUUAGUAAACAAGAAGGAUAAGUUCGUUAAACGACGUCAACGUUUAAUCGGACCUAAUGGCGCGACGUUGAAAUCUAUUGAGUUGCUAACAGAUUGUUAUGUAUUAGUACAAGGAAAUACUGUAGCAGCUCUCGGCCCUUAUAAAGGCUUACAGCAGGUCCGUGACAUUGUAUUAGACACAAUGAACAAUGUGCAUCCCAUAUAUAAUAUUAAAGCGUUGAUGAUUAAACGUGAACUUAUGAAAGACCCGAAAUUGGCUAAUGAAGAUUGGUCACGUUUUCUGCCGAAGUUCAAGAACAAAAAUAUUAGCAAACGUAAACAACCUAAAGUUAAAAAGCCCAAAAAAGAAUAUACACCAUUUCCACCUUCACAACCUGAGAGUAAAAUUGACAAACAACUUGCAUCUGGUGAAUACUUCCUUAGCAAGGAACAGAAACAAGCACGCAAGCAACAAGAGCGUAAUGCGAAACAGAGUGAGGCUGCUAAAAAACAAGAAGAGCGUCGUAACCAAGAUUUUAUUCCUCCAACUGAGGAUGGACCUUCUACUAGCCGUAAAAGACCGGCUGAUGAGGAUAGUAAAAAAUUGGAUGUUAAAGCUUUAAAGGCGAAAGUGGCAAAGGCAAACAAAAAGAUGAAAACUACUUAAUAAAAUAAAAAAUAAAUAAAACUAAA